UUGUGAGGCAGGAGCAGCUGAUUUACUUCACUUUCACUCAUGAGCUUGAUGCAGAUUAUAUUCAGCAUGUAAAGACUGACUGUAGUCCACAAGAUGAGUGUUCAUGUGGAGAAAGAGGAGGACAGAGCAGCGUCUCCAGCUCCCAGCUGUGUGUCUAUGAAGAGUGACUGGUCCAGGGGUCUUCCUCCAGAGUUUAGUAAUGAACCUGGACCCUCAGACACAAAACUGACUGUAGUCCACAAGAUGAGUGUUCGUGUGGAGGAAGAGGGGAACAGAGCAGCGUCUCCAGUACCCAGCUGUGUGUCUAUGAAGAGCGACUGGUCCAGGGGUCUUCCUCCAGAGUUUAGUAAUGAACCUGGACCCUCAGACACAAAGAAGAGGGAGGGUGUUUCUAUGGUGGAGCAGCUGUCCUGCUGUUAUUUGUGUCAGGUCCUCCCGAAGGAUCCAGUCCCUACCAGCUGUAGACACUGGUUCUGCAGACAGUGCAUCACCUCAUACUGGGACCAGUCUGCUUUGUCAGGAGACUUCUCCUGUCCCCAGUGUGGAGAAGUAUUGAGAACAAGACCUGGACUGCAGUCAGACAGUCAGACCAUCACUGUACAAAUGAUCGUUGCUCUACUGGAGGUUUUAUAUGUACAUAAGAUCAGUCUGAAGUGGAUAUGUGAAUGUGUGACCGAAGGAACUGAAGAAGCAGGAAGUGAAACCAUCCUCAACAAGAUCUACACUGCGCUCUUCAUCACAGAGGGACAGAGUGAAGACGUUAAUACCCAACAUGAGGUGAAGCAGCUUGAGAGAGCUUUGAAGAUGGAGACCGUCCAUGACACUCCAAUAAAGUGUCAGGACAUCUUUAAAGUCUCACCUGACCAACAGAAACCCAUCAGAGUCGUUCUGACAAAUGGCGUUGCUGGUGUUGGAAAAACCUUCACAGUGAAGAAGUUCACUCUGGACUGGGCCGAGGGUUUGGAAAACCAAGAUAUCAUUCUAGUGAUUCCUCUUUUGUUCAGGGCACUGAACUUGAUCAAAGAUGAGCAGCACAGUCUGCUCACGCUGAUCCAUGUUUUCCAUCCAACAUUACAGAAGCUCACAGCAGAGACGCUCGCUGUCUGUAAAGUUUUGUUCAUCUUUGACGGUCUGGAUGAAAGCAGACUUUCACUGGAUUUCAUGAACGAUGAAGUUGUGUCUGAUAUCACACAGAAUUCAUCAGUCGAUGUGCUGCUGACAAACCUCUUCAAGGGGAAUCUGCUUCCCUCAGCUCUCAUCUGGAUAACUACCCGACCUGCAGCAGCCAAUCAGAUCCCUCCUAAAUGUGUUGACAGAGUAACAGAAGUACGAGGCUUCACUGAUGCCCAGAAGGAGGAGUACUUCAGGAAGAGAUUCAGCGAUGAAGAGAUGUCCAAGAGAAUCAUCUCACACAUCAAGACAUCCAGGAGCCUCCACAUCAUGUGUCACAUCCCGGUCUUCUGCUGGAUCACUGCUACAGUUCUGGAGAACAUGCUGACUACAGACCAGAGAGGAGAGCUGCCCAAGACCCUGACUGCCAUGUACUCACACUUCCUGCUGGUUCAGACAAAGAGGAAGAAGCACAAGUAUGAUGAGGGACAUGAGAUGAGUCCACAGGAGCUGACGGAGGCUGACAGGGAAGUUCUUCUGAAGCUGGGGAGGCUGGCGUUUGAACAACUGGUGAAAGGAAACAUCAUAUUCUACCAAGAAGACCUCGAGCGGUGUGGUCUUGAUAUCAGAGAGGGCUCAGUGUACUCAGGAUUUUGUACAGAGAUCUUCAAAAGAGAGAGUGUGAUAUUCCAGAAAACAGUCGUCAGCUUUGUUCAUCUGAGUGUUCAGGAGUUUCUGGCUGCAGUCUACAUCUACCACUGCUUCACCAGCAGCAACACAAAGGUACUGGAGGACUUUCUCCAAGAAGAGUAUUUUUUAGGGAAGAUUUUGGAUGUCUUCCUGUUUGCAUCCAUGAAAAAAUCUCUCAAAAGUGAAAAUGGCCACCUGGACCUGUUUGUUCGCUUCCUUCAUGGCCUCUCUCUGGAGUCCAACCAGAGUCGCUUAGGAGGCCUGCUGGGUCAGACAGAGAACAGUCCAGAAAUAAUUCAGGAAGCCAUCAAAAACUUGAAGGAGAUGAACACUGAGCACAUCUCCCCUGACAGAAGCAUCAACAUCUUCCACUGCCUGAUGGAGAUAAACGACCGCUCAGUACAUCAGGAGAUCCAAGACUUUCCGAAGUCAGAGAACAAAUCAAAGAAGAAACUCUCUGACAUCCAGUGCUCAGCUCUGGCCUACAUGCUGCAGAUGUCAGAGGAAGUUCUGGAUGAGUUGGACCUGGAGAACUACAACACAUCAGACCAGGGACGACUGAGACUGAUCCCAGCUGUGAGGAACUGCAGAAAGGCCAUGCUUCAGAGAUGUGGACUCUCAGAGACUCACUGCGAAGUUGUGGCCUCAGCUCUGAAGUCCAACCCCUCCCAUCUCACACACCUGGAGCUGAGCUACAACAACCUGAAGGAUUCUGCAGUGAAGCUGUCUGCUGGACUGGAGAGUCCAAACUGUAGACUGGAGACUCUGAGAUUGAGUUGGUGCAGUUUGUCAGAGACCAGCUGUGCUUCAGUGGUCUCGGCUCUGAAGUCCAACAUCUCCCAUCUGAGAGAACUGGAUCUGAGCUGCAAUUACCUGCAGAAUUCAGUAAUGAAGCUACUGUGUGAUUUUCUGAAGUGUCCACACUGCAGACUGGAGAUUCUGGGAUUGAGACUCUGCGGGUUGACAAAGACUAGCUGUGCUUCUCUGGCCUCAGCUCUGAAGUUCAACCCCUCCCAUCUGAGAGAGCUGGAUCUGAGUGGAAACAACCUAAAGGAUUCAGAUGUGAAGCUGCUGUCUGAUCUUAAGGAGAGUCCAGAUUGUCGACUGGAGAUUCUGCGAUGGUGGUCAUCUUAGUAAGAGAGUGAACAUCCAGGAGUAUGUUGAGAGAGGAUCAGCUGUAUCCUGAUGAUCCAGAGAGGUUGAAGCAGCAGCUUGUGUGUAGAGAGGCUGUGACUGGACCAU